AUGACAAUUAAGGCAGUGCAUCUAGAGGUUGUCAGCGACCUAUCCUCCGAAGGUUUUAUUGCCGCUUUACGUCGCUUCAUCGCGAGAAGGGGAUUGCCGCAGCAUAUUUUUUCCGACAAUGGAACCAACUUUGUAGGCGCAAACAAUAAGCUGAGAGAAUUAUACGUUUUAUUUAACUCGGACGAUCACAGAAAUAUCGUGGAUAGAUUCGCGAGCGAACGGCGAAUCACGUGGCAUUUCAUCCCACCGAUGGCACCGCACUUCGGCGGUUUGUGGGAGUCGAUGGUACGGUUGUUCAAGCACCACUUUAAACGCGUCGUCGGAGACUCUCUAUUUACCUUCGAGGAAUUAGAUACUUUUACCACCGAAGUCGAGGGUAUCCUGAACUCCAGACCGAUUACAUCCUUAUCAUCCGAUCCAAACGACAUAUUAGUCUUAACCCCUGCACAUUAUUUGAUUGGAAAACCACUAAUAUCGCUUCCGGAGGGCAACUUGUCACAUGUUCCAGUCAAUCGUUUAUCUACCUGGAAGCACAUAACAAAGGUGCGACAAGAUUUUUGGGCACGAUGGCACAAAGAAUAUUUGAACGAACUACAGAAGCGCAUCAAAUGGGUCAAAAACGGACCGAAAAUUGAGGUCGGAACGAUCGUCACCAUCAAAGACAAAAACCUGCCAUGCAUGCAGUGGGCACUGGGACGUAUUCUACAAGUACACCCAGGCGAGGACGGAGUCGUACGAGUGGCUACUGUCCAGACCGCAGCCGGAGUGAUAAAAAGAUCAACAUCAUUGUUGUGUCCACUACCGUUGAAGCAAUAA